GAACCCGUGAACAUUUUUUGGAGAGCUUUCCAGAUUCACAUCUCGCACGAUCGUGUUAGGGUUGCGGAGAUUUCACUCCUUGUCUUCAUCUUCCUUGAGAUUGCCGCCUGGUUUUCAAUCUCUCUUGGUGUUUCUUACCGGCGCGGUCGGCUUCAUUCAGAGAUACGCUUAUUAUCUGCCUCCGUUUACCCGUCACCGAGAUUGAGGCUUUUGCCUUCUCCAUGCCUCAUUGAUUGCUUUUCUUAUAAUGAUGGAUGGUUUAAAUACACAAGAUCAAGAUGGUGGGACUUGUGUAAUGGGAUUUGAAGUCCCAAGAUCUCCAGAGUCUAGUUACAACAACCCCAUCCCAGGAAAUGAAGACGAAGCCCGAGAUCCGCCGCUUGCUCCUCCUCACCUGCAGCACACAUUACUGGGCUACCCAGCAAGCCAGGAAGGUUCCGGCAGCCUCCCGUCGCCGCAAAAUGUGGCCUUAAACCACUUAUACAUAGAGAACAGGGAGAGUCCGAGAUCAGUGGUGGCUUUGGGGAUCACACACCGCAUUCGCACAAAGUUUGUCACUGUCGUUCUCUAUAAACCAGUUCAGAGACGAUGAACUUCAACUCCUAUUGAUGAGCAGUGAGUCUACCCAUUCUUUUGCUCUUUUUCCUUGAAAGAAAAAUGGCUUCUCAUGGCUUGUUGCACUACCUUUCAUCCUUGGAUGCCAUUUGAUACAGGCCUGAAUCUCAUUUAGCGUAAUUGCCUGUAUAAUGAUUUUCCAGGUUUAGCAUUGGAAGGUUGAAGUGCAUUACACCAUUAUUGAGUUUGGCUUUUUGUACGAAUUUUAUGUCUAUGGUAUGCUAUGAAACUUGCUGGCUGCCUUACUGGGCUACAUCGGCGUUUGUUCUUCUACUCAUUCUUAACUGUUAAUGCCCUAUAUCUUGCUUUUUACC